AUGAACGAACAUCGGCCUCGUCGUGGUCCAGGUGAAAUAGACAAGGGGAGGGGCUGGGGAGAAGAUGAGGAUUUGAGACCGGAAUUCAAAUUUGGGUUUGUACUGUUUAUACGCACAGUUUUUGUUUUUAAGCCAAGCAAAAUACUGGUGAAACAAGACCGAAAAGCCCUCGAAUUAUAGCUUAGACAAAAAUCCAUGAGCCUUAAAGAUCAUGUAGUACCUCCCCUUCGCCAUGUAGUGGGCGCGGCGGAGAGGGACUGGCUAUUUUUCUAUCGAAUUUCUUUGUCUUGUUCUAACUGAGGACAAAACUUGCUAAAUAAUGCAUUCGAAAGGGGACCGUUACAGUGCUUGGUUUUCUUACAAUGUCCAGAAAAUCAAACUUCACGCGCGGUUCUACUGAAACUUCAUAUUAGUUUGGUAUCACAUCUUUUUUCAGUCUCUCGUCUCUAUUUUUACAAAACAAGCUGAAAACACGCUCCUUGAUUCAAUGGUCAUAUACGAAAGUACGCUAAAAUCCGAUAUAUAAAUACUUGCCCCUUUGUAAGGGAAAAUACAGAGUAGAAUUCUAUACUUCUCUGUAAAAUCUCUGACUGACAGCUUUGCAACAACUCACAGUCAGGCAAAUUAUUGAAAUAAUCAUUUAUUGUCCUAACGUUCCUUUGUACAUCAAUGUGGUGUACGCUCGAUAACGUUUCUACUUUGUCAGACUAAAAUGGUCACCUCGCUCCAUGUAAGGGUCCCAGACAGUCCAGCUUGGAUUCCGGAUUCCACGUUGUCGAUUCCUGAUUCCUGAAUAAAAGUAGCCUGCGUGGCAAGCGUUUGAAAGGAAAGGGAAAGGGGGUUUUGGGCGCGAGGGAAACGCGAGGAGCGCGCGCCCCUCGCGUUUCUCUCGCACCUAAAACUCCCUUUCCCUUCCCUUUCAAACGUCCCUCGCUCUGCUCGCUUCGCUUGUCGAUUUUUUGCCCCUCUUCCGGACUAAAAAACCUGGUCCAAGGCUAGCACAAAACGCGAACGCCCAGCGAUUAGUCUGGAUUGCACAUAAAAACUGACCGAUGCUAUACAUUAUUCUUUGACUACUCUAGAUUAUAGUGCAACCACAACAGCACUGUUGGGGGUAGUCUGGGGCGUGCACUCUGUGAUCCAGGCCGUACACCCAAAAACGAGUGUUUUUAUCUUUCCACUCAUACUUCACUUCAGAUACUGGCACAGCUCGUAACGUGUGACGCUGAAAUAAAUCAACAAAUAAAUUUCAUUUUCAUUAAUCCAUACAGGUAUAGGCUCACACUAUGACAAUGUCUCACUUGGUGCCCGAGUACCAGUGCCUGGGUAACGGCACAGAAUGGUUUUCUGUUCACCUUGGGUACCACGCCCUGUCACGCGCCAUUUUGGAACGUGAGAGUAGUAGGAAGUUAUGUAAGGAAAGCAGUGGAUUGCCUUUGAACAGAACUAACAGUUUUCCCAUCCUUAAGUAAGGGUGGCCGCGAAAUAAUAGUUCGACUGUAUAAUCUAAAAAGACAUUCACCAGUUUAUAAACGAGGAGUAAANCACAAAACGCGAACGCCCAGCGAUUAGUCUGGAUUGCACAUAAAAACUGACCGAUGCUAUACAUUAUUCUUUGACUACUCUAGAUUAUAGUGCAACCACAACAGCACUGUUGGGGGUAGUCUGGGGCGUGCACUCUGUGAUCCAGGCCGUACACCCAAAAACGAGUGUUUUUAUCUUUCCACUCAUACUUCACUUCAGAUACUGGCACAGCUCGUAACGUGUGACGCUGAAAUAAAUCAACAAAUAAAUUUCAUUUUCAUUAAUCCAUACAGGUAUAGGCUCACACUAUGACAAUGUCUCACUUGGUGCCCGAGUACCAGUGCCUGGGUAACGGCACAGAAUGGUUUUCUGUUCACCUUGGGUACCACGCCCUGUCACGCGCCAUUUUGGAACGUGAGAGUAGUAGGAAGUUAUGUAAGGAAAGCAGUGGAUUGCCUUUGAACAGAACUAACAGUUUUCCCAUCCUUAAGUAAGGGUGGCCGCGAAAUAAUAGUUCGACUGUAUAAUCUAAAAAGACAUUCACCAGUUUAUAAACGAGGAGUAAACUAGGCGGAGUUAAUUUCCGCCAAGACCCCUAGGAUCGUUUCCGGGAACGCGCCGGUCAGCCAAUGGGCAAUUUUUCCUCUAUCCCCAGUAACCGUCCCAGAUGGGAGCGUUGCAUGACGAGACAAAAGUACUGCUGUCUCAAAAAUCUUUGAGAAAAUUAACACGGCUCAGCUUUCUUCUCAUUUCUAAAGUGGCGACCUUUAUUUACCUGACAGUUUUUCUUACCUGCAUAAGGAUUCGUUUAUAGGCCAGUUACGGGAAUGAGCAUCAACGAGGGCCUGGGAACCACGAUUAACAUCCGGGUCAUGGAACAUUGUGAUUGGAUAAACCUAGAAAGGAAAAAAAUAUGACGUUGGCAAGCAGAAUGAAAUUGAAAUUAUCAGUCAUUGAUACAAAAUUUCUGAGCGACAUAAAUUUUUUUCCUGCCAUGCCUUUGAGGGUACCUAUAGCUGGCCAAGCAUGGAUAGCCUAUCACUGAGUGAACGAGAAGAAAAGUUACAUCACUUCUGUAAGUGACCACAGAGUGUUAGCCUUUACAGUGGUCGCCUACGGGAGGUUUGACUGCACCUUGAAAAUUUCAUGUUAUGAUAUUAUUAAUAUUAUGCAUUAUUCUUUUUAGGGUGGUACAAUAGCUGUUCUCAGUGUUAUGGAAAGACCUUAUUUCUUUGCGAGCGCUAUUUUUAGUGCACCAAGCGUAAAAGUGGACGCCAAUCCGUGCACGGUAAUUUAUUGCUCCACUUGCUACAAAUAAUAAACGAAAACACAAUGCAAAGACUGUUUCUUUUUUCUUAGGGUGCCGUCAAUGCAAAAACAGGAUACAGCAAACCCAAAACAGAACUGAAACACUACCAGAAAACAGAAGUACAAAUCCCAAAACAGAAAUAAACAUCCCAAAGCGGAAACACGUACCAAAAAAUACAAAACUGAACCACAAAACUGAAAAAGAAUAUAAAAAUACAAACCAUGAUCAAAAACCCCAAAACAGAAACAAGGAAAUAAUGUAAAACAAUAGUUUCUCAUGAUUCAUCGUCUUUUAAGUAUCUUAACCCGCGAUCAGGCGAGGCUUUUUUUUUAUAGGAAGGGCAUGAUCGCAGGCUAUAAUAGCCCAUUUCCGAGUUCCAAAAACUCUCGCUUUAAAAACGAGGCUAAAGGUACAGUAAAACGGGCAACAAAUUGCUGCAGAACGAGUUCGAAAGCGAUGCUGCGCGUUUUAUUGCCCAUAAAUCAAACCUGUCUUGUAGCAAAUAAGAUUCCGUGUUGCAAGUUGCGUAAAUACUGACUCCUAAUUGGAUAAAAUUACGUGGGAGUCACGCCAUACACAGGAGUUACGUCACUUGCUGCAAAACAAGUCUGCUUUGGGUCGGUAAUUGAAACGCGCAACAUUGACAGAUUUUGAUGCAAAAAGUACAACUUCUCUCUAGUUUCUGCAACAACUUUUUCGCAACUUGGUUAAGCCUGAUUUGUUGCAGGGGAAGCUUCAUUCGUGGAUAGUAAAUGCGCAAAAUCACUUUUCAACUAGUUUCCCAGCAAUUUUGCAAAACAGGUUUCACGUUUUUGUUGUCCGUUUUACCAUAGCUUUAAUGCAAAGUGAGAUAAACAGUUUUUAGAUGCAUGUGAAAUAUUUGCAGGGGCAGCAGUUUUUUUUAUAGUCAAUUCACAUGUUGUUUAAACAUAAAUAUCUGAUUAAUCACUAGUGGAAACGAACUUUUUACAAAGUUCUAGUGGCGGAGGGAAGGGAAUAUGAUGAUUAUUUUAAUAGGAGAUUAUUGUAUCACUCUCUUUUCCUGAGUCCAAGGAGAGAGACUUUCGUGUGCAUUUUAUCCGCAUUUCCGAAGACAAUGCUGAACAUGUUCUGGUGACUUUUGGAGGUUGCUGAAUGAGGCUGUGUCAAGUCCCUCCAACCGAUCGCGAAACUUGACAUUUCGUACCACUGACUGGAAUAUUUUGGGUGGAGACUGAAUAAAAGUUUUUCGGUUUAAUGGUUAAUGACAAGUCGUUCGGAAUUGUGUGUCAGGAAUUGAUGCUUUCCAUCCUUUAUGAUUGUGCAAUGAACUAGUAACGCUUGGGGCCGGUGGGUUCGUCUAGGGUCAUUCUGUCCUGUUCAAUUAAUUAACCCUAAGAUUAUACCCCCGGUGGAAGGGGGGCGGGGGGUGGCUACUCAACAAUGUUUUAUGCGGGGAGGUUCUACCCCUAAGCCUAAAUCCUUACACAUUUAUCGUUGAAGGAGCUCGUCGUGCUUGUUUAGGGUUGGAGCCUCCCCGUAUAAAUUUCAAUGUCACUCAAUUCUUUACACCAUCCAUUUAAUAACCAUAAAUCUUACAGAAAGUCAAAUUUCCUUGAGUACCGGUGUCCCUUCGCGGUCGACUUGUGGCAAGUCUAGGACUUCAAUAACACAAUGCGCCUUGCUUAUUAUUAUUGUUUUAGGUUGAAAAGUAUGCCAAUGAUAGCCUAAACUGGCAUGAGGAAAUGAAAGUGAGACGGGUCGGAGCUCUAUUAGACGCAAUGAAUGAAAUCCAGGGGAACUUGUCAAAGCUCACAACACCUUACCUACUUGUCCAUGGUGAUGGGGAUCAAUUAGUGAAGAUUGACGGUUCACAAUACUUACAUGAGAAUUCUUCCACUAACGACAAGACAUUUAAGGUACACGAAUGAGCUGCUUUACUGACAGCACUGAGGGAACUAAUAGCCUCUCUAUGGGUAUUUUCGACGAAUAGUUAGGGCGCUUGACGGUAUAUGAUGAUAAAAGGAAGAGGCGGUCUUAAAACUGCGUUUGUUCAUGUGGUGAUAUUGUCCUGCCCGGGGUAGGAGUUUCGGCCGCUUUGUUCCAAGCGUAAUUAUUGUGAACUUAUCCCAACAAAAGUCGUGAUUUGUCUAAACCCUUUUAACCCCAAGAGUGACAAAUAUCUAUUUUCUCCUAGCAAUGACACCACAUUUUCAAGGGAAAAGGUUAUGAGAAUUUAAAAAAUAAUCACCAAAGAGGAAAUUCUCGUCUCCAAACGGGUGUCUAAAGAAUAAUAUAGAGUUUUCCCUCUUCGGCCAAUUUUUCGUCCCGUUGUCAUUUUUAAAUCGACCUGUUAUUAUUUCAUUAUUAGCACAACUGCUUGUAAAACUUGCUUUGCAGGUGUACAAAAAUGGACGCCAUGAACUGUUGAAUGAGGUGGAAGAAACUGCGAGCGUGGUUUACAAGGACAUUCUUGACCUGAUUCAGCAAAAGCUACCUUGAACUGUUUUAGGGCCACGUGGACACGAAUCCAGACUAAUUUUUGAAACUGCAUAACUUUUUACCCGGAUUCGUGUAGACGAGGCCUUAAACAACACAUUAGGCUGACUUAGCAAUAGAACGGGAACGUCAGUUGACGACGACGCGCGCAAAUCAAACAACUGGCUUGACCAAUGGCAGAGUAGCAAAUUGAGCACCAGAAGUCGCGUUCAGUCCUUUCCGCGCGCUUUCCCGUCGUCAACUGACGCUCCCGUCCUGCUGCUAAAUCAGCUUAAUGUUUCGGUGAGAGGAUUCAUUGGUUUCAUGUGUGGACGGAAUACAAGACAGAAGGCCGAUUCAUGUGAAAAAUAUAUAUAAAUGCGCUUUUAAAAAUAUCCGGAUUUGUGUGGACGGGGCUUUUCACGAUAGCGUCACUACAAAUAUGACCAGAAUCAUUUCGUUUUUUUUUUUUUUUCAUUUCUCUCAUAUUUAAUUCGUUAAAUUCAGAAGCCUUAAUUUGUAUGAGAAGGCCAAAUUCUGAAGGAUUCUAAAAAGGUGCCAGAUUCCUUCAGGGUUUUGCUUUCUUGUGCAAAUUAGGGCUUUUGUUUUUUAAACCUCAGUGGGAUUACCAAAUUUAAAUAUGAAAGAAUUCCUUUAGUAGCAAAAACAAGCCAUCGCGUAAAUAGCCAAUUAGGCCCCGUGGCCCCAGUCUAUUCUGAACUGCUGCAUUUUUCGGACUGGGAGGGUAACCCUUGAUAUAGGUUCAAUGAACAAAACAAUAACUCUGCACGUGCAUGGCACGUUUUUUUAAAUUUUUAUUCGCCAUCACUACGUUAUAUGGAGGACAUAAGCACCCAAAGACAAGUUUCUUUUUCUCUAUUUACUCUUUGAUGUCAGUGCUCUCUAAAACUUUAUUUCCAAGGAAAAAUUAUCUACAUUUGACCAACUUAGACAAUUAAGAUAGCCUCCACGAAUUUUAAAAGUAUGCCAAAUAGCUUUAUAAAUGACCUUUCGCUACCGUCGCCUCCCUAAUGUCAGGCGUAUUAAUCUCGAGCAACUUACGUUCAUUCAGAGUCAAUCUCUGUAAUUUUAACGCCAUACGUUAGUAGUUAUGUCUCUCGUUAGGUUGUCUGCUUUGGACUAGAAAAGGUACCGGACGAUCGAGAAACGUACCCCACGUGGUUCUGACCCCGGCGGGCUAAAAUUCACCGGAGACCCCAGAGUCGAAAAUACCGGUCACCUGGAGCGAAAGGCGACGGGGAGAAGAGUUUGAUGUUCCUAGAUAAUAAUAGCCUGCGAUCAUGCUCUCCCUAAAAAAACCGUAAAACGCCUAUUCAAAAAAAGACGAUGAAACAUGAGAAAGUAUAGCUUUACACUAUUUCCUUGUUUCUGUUUUCGUCUUUUGUGGCUAUGGUUUGUAUUUUUGGAUUCUGUUUCAGUUUUGCGGUUUAAUUUUGUAUUUUUUUUAGUGUGUUUCCUGUUGGGGAUGCUUAUUUCCGUUUGGGCAUUUGUGAUUCUGUUUUCUGCUAGUGUUUUUCUGUUUUGGGUUUCCCUUUUGUCUUAUGUGUUUCUGUUUUGGGUUUAUUUUUUUCUAUUUUUGUUGUUGUUGUUGUUGUCUUGUGGUUUUUUUUGUUUCUAUCAGCCACCCUAUAUAUUUGAUAGUCCUCUGCAUUUAAAUCCAACCACUGGAGAACACUUCAAAACUCCGUUGAAAAUUUCUUCACAGAGAUCAAAUCGUUCAGGUAAGAAAUAA